CGUUUUGAGAGUUUUCUAGCAAAAACCCGGCAUUUUUUCAAAACACAGGAAACACUCUCAUAUCCAUUUCUCUCCGUCACCGCAUAUCUCUCUCUCACACCCAUUCCCUCCACCUGUUCUGAGCAAAAUUGGGUCGGGCAUGUUGUUGGGCAAGGUGCAGUAGAGGUAGACGUCGUCGACCUAUGUGGUCCGCCACCAUGGGUUGACAUGACGACGUCGAAAUUUGAAGAAAUCAAACUAGGUCAAUUGGGGAUCACGAAUGGCCUUUCUAGAGGUUGAUAUUGUUGCAUAUGGAGGUUUAGACCCUCACACUGCCGUUUUAGAGAAUUCAUCUAUUCGUAUUCACAAAAUGCCGCAAUGGCCAACUAGUGUUCGAAAUCUGCCAAAGAUACUUCGUCCCUUAAUGCUUAUGCUCAAGCCAAUUGUUCAAUUUUUUUUGCUGCUUUGGUAUAUUUGCAUGAAGAUACCAUCUCCUAAUGUCUUUAUAGUCCAGGUGAGCUUCAAACUUGUGCUCAUUCAGUCAUUAGAAAAGUGACAUCUAAUGGGAUCAUAAUUUUUUGUUAACUCACUGUCAUAUGAUUGGCUUUAGUUUUAUGCUAAUGCUGAAUUUUGUGAAACUUUUUGGUUAGGUUCAUGCCCUCACACUGCCAUUUUAGAGAAAUCAUCUAUGUAUGUAUUGCUUCUUUCGAUUGGAGUUGCAGAGGAAUUUACAAUUUAGUUGAGAAAAUCAAAUUUGCACAACCAGUUUGUGAAUGGAAAGCACAAGUUAUGGAGCCACGUCAUGUUUUGCACACCAUUUUUUGCAUUAGAAUAGAGGGGAUGUUCCCAUAAAAAAAAAA